GAAAGGAGGAGGAGGAGGAGAGACACACUCACACAGCAGUUUGGGGAAAGCAAAGCAGAGGGGACAGCAGAACAGCCAAGUGCAUGGGACUGAUCACUACAGAGCGGAGCUGUCACAUUGUCUGGGAAAGAAAGCAAGCUAUAACUAGCAGGCGUUGAGGAAUAAAGUAAAAGUGCGAGAGACUUGCGUUGCUAAGGCAGCAUUGUCCUCCAGGCAUUCAAAUGCAUGGACCUAUAGCGCCUAAUUAUAACUGACACGCUGCUGGUUAUGUGCAGGAGCUGAGAGGCAGUUUACACAUGAAGAUGGACAGCUUGAGAAUAUUAAAUGGAGGAAUACCCGAGUAGUGUGAAGAUUUCCAUUCCUGAAUCAAUGAAGGGAGCAUUUUACAAGACAUGUGAUAUACCACUUAAAGGGCACGCUACGGCAGCAACGACCAAUGAGGCACCAUCACUCUUUUACCCCAUGUCAUCACAAUGUUAAAGGAGGGGAGCGAGACAUACACAGAGGACACCAUUUAUAUAGUCCUAGAAGUGUUCAUUGCCAUCUUGGCUAUUCUUGGCAACGUGUUGGUGUGCUGGGCCGUGUACAUUAACAGUAACCUUCAAAACGCAACCAAUUAUUUUGUGGUAUCCUUGGCUGCGGCAGAUAUUGCGGUGGGUGUCCUUGCCAUCCCAUUUGCUAUCUCAAUAAGCACUGGAUUUUGCACCACCUUUCAUGCCUGCCUCUUCAUUGCCUGCUUUGUUCUGGUCUUGACACAGAGCUCCAUCUUCAGCCUCCUCGCCAUUGCUUGUGACCGCUACAUUGCUAUCCGCAUCCCACUCAGGUACAACAGCCUUGUGACUAGUCGGAGAGCCAAUGUGACUAUUGGAGUAUGCUGGCUAUUGUCUUUUGUGAUUGGCCUUACCCCCAUGUUGGGCUGGCACAAGAAGGACCCCAACCCUCCAAACUCAUCAUGUAGUACUCCUUUGGUAGAGUGCCUGUUUGAAAAAGUGGUGACAAUGGAUUAUAUGGUGUACUACAAUUUCUUUGCCUGUGUCUUGGUGCCUCUUUUGCUCAUGCUUGGCAUUUAUUUGCACAUUUUUAUGGCAGCACGACGGCAGUUGAAACAGAUGAAGCUAAAAGUAACUAUUGGGGAACGCACAAGAUCGACUCUGCAACGUGAAGUCCAUGCCGCCAAGUCUUUAGCCAUCAUUGUGGGUUUGUUUGCCAUUUGCUGGUUGCCCCUGCAUAUCAUUAACUGCUUCACUCUCUUCUGUAAAGCUUGUGAUCGUCCUCCAGUUUUACUCAUGUACUUUGCCAUCCUGUUUUCUCAUGCCAAUUCAGUGGUGAAUCCACUCAUUUAUGCCUAUCGCAUACGUGAGUUCCGCCUUACCUUUCGUAAGAUCUUACGACAAUACUUGUUUGGUCGGGUGCAGCCUUCUAAGUCACGCACCGCCAGUGGCAAAUCAAUGACAUAUGCAGAUGAGGAGUUGAAUGGCACCACCAGGAUUAGUUAUAAUGGCUGCACUGAAAACCAUGGGAGUAGUUGUGACCGGAAAGGGACCUGGCAUCAAAAUGGCUAUCCUUCUAGUGUGAAAUUUGAACAGACAACAAUUCACAAAGCUGAGAGCCAACAAAAAGAGAAACUUAUAAACUCCUGAAGAAAGCUGUGGACCACUCAAAGAGCUCACUAUCAUGUUAUGAACUGGACAGCUCGGUAUGGGGGUCCCGUAUUAUGUGACUUUCACUUUGUUUAGAGAUUUUUUGAGACUUAUUUUAUUUAUUAAAACAAGUUGAAAAAUC